AUGGGUGAUACUAAGGCCGAUGACCACAGGCUGAAACCAGCGAUUCGAAGCCAUCAGAGAACUCCGUCAGGUUCUAGAGACUUCAAGGAAGCGACGAAAAGAGAUGCCCUCGCUCGGUUGGAGGUGGAACUGGAGAGACUGGCGUCGACGCUGCCGGAGCCGAGGAGAGCUGGAGUCGAGAAGGAGUUUAAGGGAUUUAAGAACUUAUUUAGCAGAUUCUUAGCUGAACAGGGACCUUCUGUAACAUGGGAGAAGAUUCAAAAACUACCCGAAGGCGCUGUCAUAGACUACUCUACGCUGAGCACUCCGACCACAGAUAAUAUUCAUCACAUGUUAGAUAAGCUGGUAGUUGUCAAGUUGAAUGGAGGUCUCGGGACUUCCAUGGGGUGUAAGGGGCCUAAGUCCGUUAUUCAAGUAAGAAAUGACCUGACCUUCCUGGAUCUCACGGUGCAGCAGAUAGAGCAUCUGAACAAGACGUACAAGUGCAACGUCCCGCUGGUCCUGAUGAACUCGUUCAACACGGACGACGACACGCAGAAGGUGAUCCGCAAGUACAAGGGUCUGAAGUUGGACAUCCACACUUUCAACCAGUCCUGCCACCCUAGGAUCAAUCGCGAAUCUCUUCUUCCGGUUCCCAAGAACGGUGACGUGCACAACGACAUAGAAGCAUGGUAUCCUCCAGGGCACGGAGAUUUCUACGAGUCCUUCCACAACUCGGGCCUCCUCCAGAAGUUUAUUAAAGAAGGCAGGACCUACUGCUUCAUCAGCAACAUCGAUAACCUCGGGGCGACCGUCGAUCUGAACAUCCUCAGCCUUCUCCUUAACCCAGAACAGAAACCGUCAGAAUUCGUCAUGGAGGUCACGGAUAAGACUAGGGCCGACGUGAAAGGAGGUACUUUAAUCCAGUACGAGGACAAGUUGAGGCUGCUAGAAAUCGCUCAAGUGCCGAAGGAGCACAUCGACGACUUCAAAUCUGUCAGUCAGUUCAAGUUCUUCAACACGAACAAUUUGUGGGCGAAACUGGACGCAAUACAGAGAGUGGUCGACCAGGGCUCCCUGAACAUGGAGAUCAUCGUCAACAACAAGAGUUUGGCGGACGGCCUGAACGUGAUCCAGUUGGAGACGGCCGUCGGUGCCGCGAUGAAGUGCUUUGAAGGUGGCAUCGGCGUCAACGUGCCGAGGAGCCGCUUCUUACCGGUCAAGAAGACCUCCGAUUUGCUCUUGGUGAUGUCCAAUCUGUACAGCCUGUCGCACGGGUCAUUAGUGAUGUCUCCGCAGAGGAUGUUUCCCUCCACGCCGCUCGUUAAACUGGGCGACAACCACUUCGCGAAGGUCAAGGAGUUUUUGAACAGAUUCGCGACGAUACCCGAUCUCAUCGAGCUGGAUCAUUUGACCGUCUCUGGGGAUGUAACGUUCGGCAGAGGAGUAUCUUUGAAGGGUACGGUGAUCAUCAUAGCGAACCACGGAGACCGCAUCGACAUACCGUCGGGCGCAUUGCUGGAGAACAAGAUUGUGUCGGGAAACUUGCGUAUUUUGGACCAUUAG